AGCCCUGUGUCCUGUCCCUCCAUCCCGUCCCCAAAUCCCUCUCCAGCUCUCCUUGAGGCUCUGAGUUCUCCCUGGCUCCUUCCCUUCUUCAGGUGAGCAACUCCUCCUGCUGGUCCAGGUGUGCCCUGUCCUGUUCCUGACCCCGGGGGUGAGGCAGAGCUCCCAGCAAGGGCUGGGCACCGUGGGCCAGGUGUGCUUGGGGCCGUGUUCCAGGUGUUUGGGGCCGUGUUCCAGGUGUGUGUUUGGAGAUGUUCCAGGUGUUUUGGGGCCGUGUUCCCUGUUUGUUUGGGGUCGUGUUCCAGGUGUGUUUGGGGCCGUUUUCCAGGUGUGUGUUUGGAGAUGUGUUCCAGGUGUUUUGGGGCCGUGUUCCCUGUUUGUUUGGGGUCGUGUUCCAGGUGUGUUUGGGGCCGUUUUCCAGGUGUGUGUUUGGAGAUGUGUUCCAGGUGUUUUGGGGCCGUGUUCCCUGUUUGUUUGGGGUCGUGUUCCAGGUGUGUUUGGGGCCGUUUUCCAGGUGUGUGUUUGGAGAUGUGUUCCAGGUAUUUUGGGGCCGUGUUCCCUGUUUCUUUGGGGCCAUGUUCCAGGUGUGUUUUGGGCCAUGUUUGGGGCAGUGUUCCCAGUGUGUUUUGGGGCCACGUUCCAGGUGUGUAUUUACAGAUGUUCCAGGUGUUUCGGGCUGUGUUCCAGGUGUUUUGGGCCAUGUUCCAGGUGUGUUUUGGGCCAUGUUUGGGGCAGUGUUCCCAGUGUGUUUUGGGGCCACGUUCCAGGUGUGUAUUUACAGAUGUUCCAGGUGUUUCGGGCUGUGUUCCAGGUGUUUUGGGCCAUGUUCCAGGUGUGUUUUGGGCCAUGUUUGGGGCAGUGUUCCAGGUGUGUUUUGGGGCCAUGUUCCAGGUGGGUAUUUACAGAUGUUCCAGGUGUUUUGGGCUGUGUUCCAGGUGUGUUUGGGGCCAUGUUCCAGGUGUGUGUUUACAGAUGUUCCAGGUGUUUUGGGCCGUGUUCCAGGUGUGUUUUGGGGCCACGUUCCAGGUGUGUGUUUACAGAUGUUCCAGGUGUGUGUUUACAGAUGUUCCAGGUGUGUGUUUACAGAUGUUCCAGGUGCUUUUGGCUCUGGUUCAGCCUCGCUGACAAUGUUCCCGUGUGCUGUGGCAUCGCCUGGGUUCAGGUCCCUGCCUGCAGCAGGAUCCCUUCCUGGGAGCAGCUGAAGGGGCAGUGCCCGUGGGGACAGAGGAGGCUCCUGGUGGCUGCAGCAGGCUGAGGACAGAAAAGCUCUGUGCUCUUCUAGGGACCAGCAGGACUAGAGGGGCUUAGGCCUGGCCUAGCGAAGCUGCUCCUCCAGCAUGAGGGGAGAAGGCUCCUGGCUCAUCCCAGCUCUGGAAGCUGCAGUUCCUGGGUGGUUUCAGACACAUUUACUUGCCAGGAACAUUCCUGCUCCUCUGCCCUGUGCCUCCAGCUCUGCCUUCCCUGAGUGCCAGAGCUCAGGGCAGGGGAGGGAGCGCCAGGCUCUGGCUCUGCCCCCAGAACACUCCCCAGGAAUGUGCUUAUCUGCUCAGCAGCCUCUGCUCCUGAUGAAAUGGAGAUGCCAGGAGAGGCUGUAAAUGCUGCUCUGCUCUGGGCAUUUUCCUUGGGCCACACCAAGGUGUACCCUUACCUGUGGCAGCUGGGGCAAGGUGAGUGCCAGGACAUGGGAAUGCCAGAGGGCAGGGAUGGACGGGAUUUUGGGGCAGGAACUGUCCCCUGGGUGCCCAGAGAAGCUCUGGCUGUC